AGAGGAACUCGGAAGCGCUCAGCAGCCCAGGUAGCGCAGGCGCUGGGCCCAGGGGCCUGGAGACCCGGCAGGCGCUGGGCUGGCCCCGGCUCCGGCGGCUCCAUCCGCCCGCAGCUUCCUCCCGCCCGGACAGGGGUCGCAGGGAGUUUGCUCCUUCGCGUCAGAGCGGGGCUGGCGCUGACAACGGUGCAGCGCUCACUGCAACUCACUGCAGACUCUCCCGUCCCACCGGAGCCAGUCGCACGGGCUUCCUGGCGCCUGUCCCUCCCCCACGCUCUCUGCUCCAGGACAGAGGUCUUGUCUCUUUCCGGGUCUCAGGGCCCACGACCAGCUUUCCUGUGUCACCGCUGCAGACCCGCCACCGAGCUCCAGGAGAGGGACCGUGAGGACUCGGAUGAAGAACGGGCUCCGAGGCAGCAAGUCACACCUUCUUGGGUGGCCUUCAGAAGGAAGCAGAGUAAACACCAGAAGGCAACAUCCAAGGUGCCAUUAAGCAAUGAAUAUAGUUUGAAGGAAUUGUCAGGAACAGCACAUUUGAUGACUGCAAGUGACUCAGAGCAUGCCCAGAAACCAGUGUCCCCUUCUGGAGAAACAUUUGCCUUUGAAAAGCACACUAGACAAAAAUUGGAACUCAGGAGAAAGGAGAUGGAUGUCAAGAUGUGCAGCCUACGAGAAAGAAAGGACUGUGUGUACCAAGAGGUCAACAAGCCCCAGGAUGAUGACUACCUUUAUUGUGAGAACUGUCAGAACUUCUUCAUCAACAGCUGUACCGUGCAUGGGCCCCCUCCAUUUGUAAAGGACACUGCAGUGGACAAGGGGCAUCCCCACCGCUCAGCCCUCACUCUGCCCCCUGGGUUGAGAAUUGGGCCAUCGGGCAUCCCUGAGGCUGGGCUUGGAGUGUGGAAUGAGGCAGCUGACUUGCCAAUGGGUCUGCACUUUGGCCCUUAUGAAGGACACAUCACAGAAGAUGAAGUCGCAGCCAAGAGCAGAUACUCCUGGCUGAUCGCCAAAGGGAGAAACUGCUAUGAGUAUGUGGAUGGGAAGGACAGAUCCUGGGCCAACUGGAUGAGGUAUGUGAACUGUGCCCGGGAUGAUGAAGAGCAGAACCUGGUGGCCUUUCAAUACCACGGGCAGAUUUUCUACCGAACCUGCCGGGUCAUUAGGUCGGGCUGUGAGCUGCUGGUCUGGUUCGGGGAUGAGUAUGGCCAGGAGCUAGCAGCAAGUGGGGCAGCAAGUGGAAGAGAGAGCUCGUGGCCGGGAGAGAACCAAAGCCAGAGGUGCACCCAUGUCCCUCCUGCUCUCUGGCCUUCUCCAGUCAGAAAUUCCUCAGCCAACACGUGAAACUCAAUCAUCCCUCUCAGAUUCUCCCAGGAACAUCUGCAAGAAAACACCUCCAAGCAGAGGAGCCCUGUCCAGAGGAUCAGAAUCAGCAGCAGCAACGUACUCGUACACACAGCUGGAAUGAUAAAGCUGAAGGUCAAGAGGUCAAAGAAAGAUCCAAACCUUUGCUUAAAAGGAUCAAUCAGAGGAGAAUCUCAAGACCCUUUUUCCAACCUUCCAAAGAACAAAUGA